AUGACGCCGGCGGAGCGGCUGCGGAAGCACCAGCGAGCACUCGAGAAGACUCAGCGAGAACUGGACCGUGAGCGGGUCAAGCUGGAGAAUCAGGAGAAGAAACUCGUUGCCGAUAUCAAGAAGAGCGCAAAGAGCGGCCAGAUCGGCGCCUGUAAGAUCCAGGCCAAAGAUCUCGUCCGCACGAGGAGAUAUAUCCAGAAGUUCUACCAGAUGAGGACCCAGUUGCAGGCUAUCUCCUUGAGAAUUCAGACCGUCCGCAGCAACGAACAAAUGAUGCAAUCCAUGAAAGGCGCAACGAUGCUGCUGGGCAGCAUGAACCGACAGAUGAACCUCCCCGCCCUGCAACGGAUAGCGAUGGAGUUCGAGCGCGAGAACGACAUCAUGGACCAGCGACAGGAGAUGAUGGACGACGCCAUCGACGACGUCACUGGCUUGGAAGACGAGGAGGAAGGCGAGGAAGUCGUCAACCAGGUCCUGGACGAGAUUGGUGUUGAUUUGAACCAUGCUCUCGGCGAGACUCCAACGAGUAUUCAGAAAGCAGCUGUGCCCGAAGGCCGAGUCGCUCAGGCCAUAGGAGGCGGCGAGGACGAUGAUUUACAAGCAAGGCUUGACAGUCUGAGACGGUAG